UGCGAUUUUAUUGGCGUGAGGUUGUCAACGCUAGUGUCAAGAAAUUACCCGAAAAGCGAGGAACGAUGAAGAUUUUCGCAAUGUUCUAGAAAUUCUUAGUGUCUUACAGUUUUGAAAUUACCCGUGUAAAACGCUGGUUUACGUUUUAGUUGUGAGUGCCGAUUGUAAAUAAGACUUUUGUUGCACCGGUAUAGUUUUUUUGUACGAAACCAAAAUGGCAGCGACAAGGAGAUUACAAAAAGAAUUGGGUGAUAUUAGGAAUUCCGGGUUAAAGUCUUUUCGAGACAUACAAGUGGAUGAGACUAACAUCCUAACAUGGCAGGGACUAAUUGUGCCUGAGAAUCCGCCGUACAACAAGGGGGCGUUCAAAAUAGAAAUAAAUUUCCCAGCCGAGUACCCAUUCAAGCCACCGAAAAUCAAUUUCAAAACUAAAAUUUACCACCCCAAUAUCGAUGAGAAGGGGCAAGUCUGUCUGCCGAUUAUCAGUGCUGAAAACUGGAAACCAGCCACAAAAACAGAUCAAGUAAUUCAAGCGCUAGUGGCUCUAGUGAACGAGCCGGAGCCUGAGCAUCCUCUUAGAGCGGAUCUUGCUGAAGAAUACUUGAAGGACAAAAAAAAGUUUUCCAAAAAUGCUGAAGAAUACACGAAAAAGCACAGUGAGAAAAGACCCGCAGACUAGUUAUUUUAUAGUUUACCAUUAAUAAAUACCUUUGAGUUCAUAUUGCAUUUUUAAACUUACUAAAUAUAAAUCAGGGUUAAAUAUUUAUUUUUCUUAUUACCUUUUUGAUUAAUUUUCUUUUUAUCACCAUGCAAUUUAUGUUCUCUACUUUUUUUUCAACUUAGGAUUUUUUACUUUUUCGGUUUGGACUAGAGAAACUACACACUAUGCUCAUGUUUGCGUACAUUUUCACUACCGCUUCAAUUUUAACGUUAAGAGCUGUAAAUAGGGUGAAAUAAAUAUUUUCUAAAAUA